AUGUGCAAGAUCGAGCUCGAACUGUCGACUUACACUGUCGUGCGGGAGCUGCAGCUGUUCGUCGUGGCCGAGAGUCCCCUCGCCGUCACCGACGACACCCUCGAGCUGUCCAACCUAUGUGAAAGGUACACCUUCGUGACGAGGGUGUACUUGAAGGGCAAUGAGCCCCCGAUCGCGCCGGAGGUGACGGUCUACGCGAGCUAUGAGAACGAAAAGGGCCAAAUACGCGUGGUGGAUAAGAGCGUGAAGGUGCCGUUGCGGAUGCUGCUGAGACCCUGCCCGGCCGAGACGAGCGCGCCCUUUAGCCUCACGAUCAAAAGCACCGAGCCCGUCCUCAGCUUCAGUCAGAUAUUUCCAGAAUUCGUUGGCGAGUUCCAGUCGCGCCAGAUCACAAACUCUCUGGGACUGCAGCACUCCAGGUCCGGCCAGGUGGUCACGCUGCUGGCAGCCACCGGGGCCAUGCAGAACCGCUACCGCAUCCAGUCGAGCGACGCCCUGGCCGUGCCUUUGGUCUUUGAGAUGCUGAUCGCGCGGCUCAAGGACAAGUCCCCCAAAACAGCUGAGAAGCUCAGCUGUGGGCUCAGCCAGCAACAUCUGAAACUCGUCCAGGACAACAUGGACGCGCACUUUGAGUCGAGGCUCAGGGCGAGGGCUGCCUUGAAGGAGAUCGGCCUGCUGACGACCCAGUUGAGAAACAUCGAGAAGAGAAUGCUGCGUGGCAUGAGGGAGCGGAAUUCGAGAUCGCUCGACGCUACCGGACUCCCGGCCCUGCUCGACUCCACGUAUCGCGCGAUCUUCGCGCACCUCGACCAGAUAGAAGCCGCGCGAGCGUGGUGA